AUAAAAUUGUUGGAUACCCAGUUUGUCCAAAUGAAAGUUGCAACACAACAUGUUAUUCCAUCUUUACAGGGUGCCACCCCAUGUUGCUCAUAACAACACAAACCGACAAGCCAGCAGUCUAAGCGACCAUCCUAACCCCGAAAUUCUCUAACACACGAUGCUUAAAGUAAACCAAGCAAUCACCACGUAAAUCGAGCCUAAACCACCAUCACACAGGGAAUAUUAAACAAAAUUGUAGCCAGAAACGACACUGAUCGAUCUCUACUUCUAAACGACCCUAUAUAUGUGGCUAUAUAUAAUCAUACGCUACCCCAUAUCGCGGUGCAGUAAUCACACACUAAUCACUAAUCACUCACUCACUCUCACUCUCGCUCCAGUCUAGCUCUAGUAAAGCAGCUAGCUAGCUCGUAGCUCGCAAUGCGAAGCAACAGCAUGAAGGCGGCGACCACGGCGUGCAUGCCGCGGCUGGUGCGCGGCGGCUGCCGCGCGUCGACGGCGAGGCCGGCGGCGUCGGUGUCGCUGCUGGAGCGCAUCCGCGACGUCGUGCUCCGCCUCAUCAUGCUCUCCGCCGUGUCCAAGGCGUCGGUCAAGCGCACCGGCGGCGGCAAGGCGUCGUCGUCCUCCUCGCCGCGCGCCGCGCCGCCGCCGCCGGUGAUGACGUCGUGCCGCCGCGACGACUCGAUCAGGAACGAGGCCGUCGAGGACUGCAUCGAGUUCCUGAAGCGGUCGUCGGCCGAGGGCGACGCGGCGAAGCUGUCGAGCGUGACCGCCGCCGAGACGGUGGCCGUAGCGCGCGAUCUGGCCAUGGCCACCACCAAGCCGUCGUCGCCGUCGUGCGCGAUCACCACCGACGACGCGGUGACCGCGCACGGCGCCGCCCCGGUGAAGCAGCCUACCAUAUUGGCGAGCACCUCGCCGCAUCUUCGCCAGCCUCGCCUGUCACCGCCGGCGCCGUCUACCUCGCCGGCGGCAGCCUCUUCCAGCCCUAGGUUGGUGUAGAGAAUCGAUCAACCUAGGACAUGAACAGGUCGCUGGAAUUGUUUAACGAAUUAAACCAUUUCAUAAUUUGUUGCUACAUCUUUCGUCGCCUUUUGUGAAUGCUUUUUCAUUUUGAUUGGAUGCAAAUUAAAUUAAAAAUGAACAAGUGCUCGACGCACACUCGAGAGCAAAGUGGAGUGGUUAAUGAGUGUGCCUGAAGACGUACGGGUCACUCCUUUAAUCAAAUCCCUUUUUGAUUUUUAA